AUGUCAUUUUGGGACUCCCUUGAGCUUCGCAAGAUCAACCCCCAGAUCGAUUGGCGGAAAGGCACACUCCACAUCCCUGCCCCCAAGGUUGCCAGUGUCACUAUUGAGGAAAUCCCAGACGAAGACGCUCAGAUCCCUUACCGAGGAGCCCCUUCCGAUCCGACUCCAGAUCCUGCUCCGGAACCCGAAGAGGAACCGCCAUUGCUCCGCAUCCGUGCCAACCGCGUCACCCGUAGGAAAUGGGUCCGAGCGGGAUUGAUUGAAGCCACUGGCGACGAACUCUGGUGUGCAGCCGGGUUCACUUAUUCCCAGAAGAUUGCUGAAGAAGCGCAGAAGACCAAACCCCAGAAAACGUUCGAAGAGAUGGUUCCUCCGCAUUAUCGCCAACAUGCCUCCGUCUUCUCCGAAUCCGAGUCUCACCGCCUCCCUGAGCACAAGCCUUGGGAUCACGCUAUCGAUCUCAUCCCCGGAGCUCCGGCUACCAUGCGUACCAAGGUCUAUCCCAUGUCCCAGAAUGAGCAGGAGGAACUCAACCGUUUCCUCGACGAGAACUUGAAGAAAGGCUACAUCCGUCCCUCCAAGUCCCCUCUUUCGUCUCCGGUCUUCUUCGUCAAGAAGAAGGAUGGUAAACUUCGCUUCGUCCAGGAUUAUCGUCGGCUCAAUGAGAUCACUGUCAAAAACCGCUACCCGCUUCCCCUUGUCUCCGAUAUCAUCAACCGUCUCCGUGGUGCCAAGUACUUCACCUGUUACGAAUUCCGCCCCUAUCUUUUCUCUUCGCGUCCUUUCUCUAUCACAUGA